GCCGCUACCUCUUCUGAUGCAAAUCGGUGAAGAGGUCUCAAAUUAAAUACGUUCAGAAGCAGAGCCGACCCCAUCUCUCCGCCAUCUCCAGUAACCGAUGCCCUCUCUCCCCAAUCUCCAGUAAUCAACGCCAUCUUCCCCCUCCCAAUCUUCUGUAAUCGACGCCAUCUCCCCCAUCUUUGAUAAUCGACACCAUCUCUGCUGAGCUCUCAUGAAUGGUUUUCUCUCUCUAGGUGUGCGACGCUGGAAGAAAAGUUUGUGCGCCCCCUUCAAAUUGAGAUUCCAAUUGAAUUUGUGGAUCAUUUUGGCUAAUUUUUUGUUCUUUUAGUGCGAAAUCAGAAGCAUUUUCAUAAUAUGAGAUUUCUGCAGAAGAUUUGGGGCUGAAUCAAGGUCAAUUGCAGAUUGAAAUCCUACGCAAUCACUAUUCAUCUUCAUGCUUCGAAGGUCCGAAUUCAUCUGUUUUUUUCCGAAUUGAAGGCCAAUUUUGAGGUAUUAUGAGCGAUCUGCUAAGCCUAUUUAGAUUCUAAAUUUUGUAUAUCAUUCCAAACAAAGAAUCCUGAUUAUUCGCUGAUAUUAGAAUUCGCAGCACUGUUGACAACGCGAGUGAGUAAACCAAUCCAGCGCAGAAAAAUAAUGUCGGGUAGAAGAUAUCUUAAUCAUAAACAUCAAGCCGGGCUGGAAGAAAGGUGCAAAGAUGAGCUCUCAAGCAUCAGUCCAUCAAAUUUUAUGUUCAUAAUGGCCGAGAAACCUGACAAAGUCUUCACACGUGAUGGGAAUGAUUUCUUAUCUUUAAUAGUCUAGUUGUUCUUCUCUUCAUCUCCAAUGUUUCACAUUGUUGUUUCAUUUUUCCUUGAUUUUAAUCAUUAAAUGAUGAAUGUUGAAUAUUUGUAAAGUUUAUUCCUAGCAAUUCAUCUUUUGAUGUACUCAUUGAUACAUAAAUUGGAUGCUUGAAACAAAACUAUUGAAAUUUAUAUUUUAAAAUAAUAUUCCAAACAAUUAUGAGAGACUCCACGAAGGACUGCAGGACUUGGAUGGCCGAGACGACGAUGCCAGCCUCCACGCUGUUCAGAGGAGGAGCCAUCGCCAUAAUUGACGCCAAAAAUCCGAUCUCCACUGCCGCCGUGAGGAGGGCCGCGGCUGCCACCGCCGCCGUGCUGGUUGCCGCUGAAGCUGCCGGCGUCCCGACCUUCCAGCAGUGCCGUGCUGCUGGUUCCGCCCAGUGGAGUCCUCUGUCGGUCGAGAAGGAGAAGAGCCGACCGCACUUGAAGAAAACUCGGCAAAGGAUCCUGAAAUUGGAGAAACGACGUUUGGGCUUGUAGAUCGUCGGGCAGGCCGCGCAGCAUCUGGAGUAUUAGUUGGUGCUCAGACACAGGGGCAUCGACGUCAUCUAACCAAUCUGCAAUAUUCCUCAGCUCUUGACAUCAUGCAGCCAUAGGGGUAGAUCCUUUGACGGUGGUGCGAAAUUGAUGCUCGAGUUGCAUGGCUCGAGCGUGCUUAUUGUCGUGA